UCUGUCCAAUAUUUUUGUUUUAUUAUUUCUUAUAUAGUUUAUUUUUAGUAUUCAUUCAUUUUAAAACUCUCAAACUGAUAUAACCAUGGGUAAAAUUGAUGAAACGCCAUUGAAGAAGUCAGAACAUUUAAGGGGCCCCCUGGGAAUAAGAAUCGUAGUAACAUUGUUAGCGGUGUUCAUCUCAAUUGGCAUUUUCCUGGUUGGGUGGGGGGUACAGCAUCGUGAAGAACCCGAAUCCAUUCGAGCCCUCGUAGAAAAUGCCAAUAUCACUAACAAAACUUCAGCUGUGUUUAGGACAUUUCCAUUUACCCCCAGAGCCAAAAGAUCAGCUGAGAGACUGAAGGAGGGGUUGGAAAUACUCAUCCCCAGAGGUGAAGCGGUUACGGUCAGUCUUGAUGUGUGUGAUGUGGUUGUAUGUGGAGAGCUGCGAGAUAAAACAGGCCAUGACGUUUAUGGGUGCAUUCAUGCUUGGGGACGGCCAGAUGAUAAUUCAUGGUGUCCCGGUUCAGAGAAGGUAUACUGGAGUGCAAGGGCAGAAGGUAAUAACAAUCCCCCUGGUUUGGCGUUUAGGUCUCAGCUAUCUUUUUCCAAAGGUCGCCAUAGUGGAGAUAUGAGCAAACACAAUCCAAUAAUAAUUGCUUUUAAAAGCGCACUCACUCCCCAUUUCAAGAAACAGGGAGACGUCACUGCAUUCCAUUUACUGAUGGGGAUAGAAGUUCCUGGAAAAGACCCAAUGGGAUCAAUUUUAGUGAAGAUAAUUGACCCACCAGCAGAUGUAAUCCCUGAUCUCGCCCCAAAAUAUACUGAAUCACCCUUUAAACCAGAACCAGAAAUCCCCCCCUGCUAAAUCUGUGAACAAUCCACUGGUCACCUAUCUGAGUACGACCUCUAUACAGAAAGUCAUAGCAGUGGAAACAGGAUACGAGGACACAAAUUCUUGGUUAGACUGGGUUGUUUAUUCUGUUAAGCAGAGCAAGAUGGCGGACUGUCUGGCCUGUGCGGCUGCCCGACCAAGUUUGGGAACAGUGCCAUUUCCAUUUAACGCCCACAACAACCCAAGAGGACAACGCUGUAUGUACAAACUCUAUGGACAAAAAUCCCCAGCAGAUUGUGUCGACAUUGCACAAAAGUAUCCAGUGGUAAAAAUAAAUGACAUUCCACCUGACUUCACGUCUUACGAGGGACUGUAUGACUGCAUCACAAGGGACUACCUAAAAGGUACAGAAGUAGGAACUCUUAAGUGGUGCAAUUCUACAACGAUUUUAAGUAACCAGGAUUUUCUCCCAGGUAUAACUAUGCCCAUUAGACAGUAUCCCAGAACAGAUGUGUGGUGGUAUUGUGGCACUAAAACCCUGUAUUCAGUUUUACCACAGGAUUGGACAGGGACCUGUGCACUGGUACAGCUAGUGAUGCCUUUUUAUGCAGUACCGAUGACGGCCGAGCAACUGAUAAACAUGGCAGUCCAACCCAAAGCAACUAGAGCCAAAAGGUCAGUCUUUCCAGGGAGUUUUGAUUCCACUGUGUACAUAGACAGCAUAGGGGUGCCCAGGGGAGUUCCAGACGAGUUUAAAGCUAGAAACCAGAUCUUAGCAGGAUUGGAAUCCAUUUUCCUUUGGCCUACAAUAAAUAAGAAUGUGGACUGGAUUAACUAUAUCUACUACAAUCAGCAGAGGUUCAUAAAUCACUCCAAGGACGCAAUGAAGGGACUAAGCGAGCAACUGGACAAGACCAGCCAGAUGUCUUUGCAGAACAGAGUGGCCCUAGAUAUGUUGCUGGCAGGAAAAGGGGGUGUAUGCAAAAUGUUUGGAACAUUAUGUUGUACUUUCAUCCCAAACAACACCUCACCUGAUGGAUCAGUAACCAAGGCUCUGAAGGGACUCACUACUCUAAGCAUGGAGUUAGCAGACAACAGCGGGAUAGAGAUGAACCCCCUGGGGGGUUUCUUAGAUGGUUGGCUGGGGAAGUACAAGGAUUUCCUAGUGAGUGGACUGAUGUCUGUGUCAGGUGUGAUCGUGAUAUUGGCACUGUGCUGUUGUUGUUUCUCGACCUGCAUCCGCGCUUUUGCAAACCGACUGAUUAAUGGGGCCCUCAACCAGGAAUAUGCUAGGGGUCAAUAUCACAUGGGGGGACAGUUUCCAAUGCUAGCAGAACAGGACGAUCCACCCCCGUAUACAGAUGUAGAUGAAAAUGACGAGUUAGUUUGAAUGAUGUUAAAUGAUGUGGAUGUUCAGAGAUGAGAUUGUUCAAUGAAUGUCCAGCCGAUGUGACUCUUUAAAUGAUGAAAUCAUCUGAAGAAGUGAGCAAAAUAAAAUGCUAAAAUGGAGUGAAUCCAUUUCACUGAACUCUAUACUAUUCCAAGAUAGUGUAUUUUUAUUUUUAAUUACUCUAUACUAUUCCAAGAUAGUGUAUUUUUUGUUUUAUUAUUACAUUACACUGGUACAAGAUAGUUUAUUUCAUUUUUAUUAUU